UAUGAAAAUAAUAUUUGAUGUGAUGUUUUGCGAGAAGAAAAAAUAUAUUUUUUUCGAGGGACGCAAAGUCCAAAUAGUAAAAUUUUGAAAAAAUUGAGUAAAGAAACGUAGGCUACACAUGUAAUGAGUAAGUAGUAUCUGUGAUGAUAUUAUCCUGGUGUUUCUUGCAUUGCAGGCUGUGGAUUGAGAUCUAGUGGAGUCACCUUUCCAUCCAAGAAUUGGAAUUCUUCUUCUUUUCUGAUUGCCUAGGCUGAGACAAACUGCACCAUGGUUCUCCCAGGGUACUGCUCAAUGAACUGCUUCACUGGGAGAAGAAACAAGAAAACAAUCACCACCAACAAAGACGACACACCAGCCAUCGCCAUAGCCAAAAGAUGGAAGAUCCUCAGCGGCUCAACCAACUGGGAAACCCUACUAGAUCCUCUCGACCAAAACCUUCGCCGCUACAUAAUUCACUACGGCGAAAGAGCUCAGGCAGCCUACGACGCAUUCAACAACGACAAGGCGUCCAAAUUCGCCGGGAGCUGCCGAUACAAAAAACAAGAACUGUUCGAAAAGGUUGGGAUCAAGAUGGCGAAUCCGUUCGACUACUGCGUGACCAAAUAUCUUUACGCGACCUCUUCAGCUCCCGUUCCCGACGCCUUUAUUUUGAGGUCGUGGUCGAGGGAAGCGUGGAGCAGGGAAUCGAACUGGAUUGGGUACGUGGCGGUGGCGACGGAUGAAGGUAGGUUGGCGUUAGGGCGGCGGGAUGUGCUGAUUGUUUGGCGAGGGACGGUUCGGACGCUGGAGUGGAUGGAUGAUUUCGAGUUUGCGGCAGUUUCUGCGGCGGAGAUGUUGGAAGGGAAUGAUGAUGAGGUGAAGGUGCAUCUGGGCUGGUACUCUAUCUACACGUCGGAUGAUCCACGGUCGCGGUUUAACAAGACGAGUGCAAGAUACCAGGUUCUUACCGAGCUACGGAGAUUGGUUGAGCUGUACAAGAACGAGGAGAUUAGCAUAACUGUAACCGGACACAGCCUAGGCGCCGCGGUCUCAACACUGAAUGCAGUCGACAUAGUUGCCAACGGUCACAACAAUGGCUGUCCGGUCGCUGUUUUCGCAUUCGCCAGCCCUCGUGUAGGAGAUGAUCGAUUUCACAAACUCGUGAACAACCUUAACAACCUUCACAUCCUACGUGUAAGAAAUGAGAAAGAUGUGGUUCCUAUGUACCCUGUAAUAGGGUACGAAGAAGUGGGAGUAGAAUUAGGAAUGGACACAGAGAAGUCGAGAUACCUUAAGGGGCCGGGGAACCUCAACAGUUGGCACAACCUGGAAGUUUAUCUGCAUGGAGUUGCCGGGACUCAGGGGAGCCGAGGAGGAUUCGAGCUGGAAGUGGAUCGAAGCGUGGCGUUGGUUAACAAACAUAUGGAUGCAUUGAAGGAGGAGUAUUGUGUUCCGAGUUUUUGGUGGUGUGAGAAGAAUAAAGGAAUGGUUCAGCAGAUAGAUGGAUCUUGGAAGCUCGAGGAAGACGAUGAUCAGGAUCAUUUUUGAUCCAACCAUCUUUCAAAAUCACAACAAAAUCAUAUAUCUAUAUAUACUUUAUUUUUUUAAAAUAUAUUUGUAUGAAAUUAUUGUUUUAUUAUAAAUUUAUUAAUCCAUUUUAUUUA